AUGACCCUGCUGAUCGCAAGCAGCCUGUUUUUUCUUCUAGUGACCCCUUCAGCGUCAAUUUCAUCCGACUACAAUGUCCUGGAGCAGUGCAACGGCAGCGACGUGCUCGAGCUCUCUUUCUGCUUCAUAGUUCAGUUUUCUCACCUUUUUUUUCCGAUUUCAUAAAUCUCAGCCGUUUAUUGGUGUCGACCUCACGAAAGUCAGCCAACUUACGAGAGGAAAAGCUCUCGUUCAUCUGCAAGAGUGUAGAACCGCCGAGGUUGCUUCUCAAUAAUGCGUUUCGGGAACAGAAGAGCUUGAGAAAUGCGUCGGAGAGUCCUCCUGCGGUCGAAUUUUGAAGGCUGACAAAAUGGUCAACGCCUUCUGCGACGCCCUUCACUACUUUGCGACCGCCUUUGCUCCGUGUAUGAGAAAGGUUUUCUUUUCUUUGUGCAUAUUAAACCUAAUUCCUACAGUUCCGUUCCAAUAAAUGAAAGUAAUUUUUUGAGCUCGAGAGAAACCCCUCCGUCUGCCUUGCUGGCCUUCCUUCUGUUUUUGAUGGAUUCAAAAGCGAAACGGUUUUUUUUCGAUUUCGUCCCUUUUUAUUUCAAACCAGGCAAAUGAGGACCGAGGAAGACUUUGCAAAUCUUGGAAAAAGUCGAUGAGUUGCAUUCGCCAAGAAGUUACAACAGUUUGUGGGGAGCGAUAUUGGACACCGAUUCGCAAGGUACCGAUUCUCAAUUUUAGAAAUAAAGAAAGAAAAAUUUUCUUCGAUUCGAAUACUGUUUUUACAGAUUGUGGAUCGAGUGAGUCGCUUCAGUCUGGAAAUGCGAUGCGAACUUAGCGACGUGAACGAAACUUCUGUUGAUUUUUAG